CAUUUAUAGUCGUGCUCUUUGGGACGAUGGAGGUAUAAACAGCAGUGAGGACAAGAGGCUUGGCUCAGUGUGAGCUGCUCACCCCGACGGCCUCGCGGACUCUGAGAUGACAAUAGGCAGUAUGGAGAAUGUGGAGGUCUUCGCUUCCGAGGGCAAAGGCAGAGGUCUGAAGGCCACGAAGGAGUUCUGGGCUGCGGAUGUCAUCUUUGCUGAACGGGCUUACUCUGCAGUGGUUUUUGACAGCCUCAUUAACUUUGUGUGCCACACCUGCUUCAAGAGGCAGGAGAAGCUCCACCGCUGUGGGCAGUGCAAGUUUGCCCAUUACUGCGACCGCACAUGCCAGAAAGAUGCUUGGCUGAACCACAAGAAUGAGUGUUCCGCCAUCAAGAGAUACGGGAAGGUACCCAAUGAGAACAUCAGGCUGGCGGCCCGCAUCAUGUGGCGGGUGGAGAGAGAGGGCACUGGGCUCACGGAGGGCUGCCUGGUGUCGGUGGAUGACUUGCAGAACCACGUGGAGCACUUUGGGGAGGAGGAGCAGAAGGAACUACGGGUGGACGUGGAUACAUUCUUGCAGUACUGGCCACCACAGAGCCAGCAGUUCAGCAUGCAGUAUAUCUCACACAUCUUUGGGGUGAUCAACUGCAACGGGUUCACUCUCAGUGACCAGAGAGGCCUACAGGCAGUGGGUGUGGGCAUCUUCCCUAACCUUGGCCUGGUGAACCAUGACUGCUGGCCCAACUGCACUGUCAUAUUCAACAAUGGCAAUCAUGAGGCAGUGAAAUCCAUGUUUCACACGCAGAUGAGAAUCGAGCUCCGGGCCCUGGGCAAGAUCUCUGAAGGCGAGGAGCUGACGGUGUCCUACAUCGACUUCCUCCACCUCAGCGAGGAGCGCCGGCGGCAGCUGAAGAGGCAGUACUACUUUGACUGCUCCUGUGAGCACUGCCAGAAAGGGCUAAGGGACGACCUCUUCCUGGCAGUGAAGGAGGACCCCAAGCCCUCCCAGGAAGUGGUGAAGGAGAUGAUACAAUCCUCAAAGGAUACACUGGAAAAAAUAGACAAGGCUCGCUCUGAGGGCUUGUACCAUGAGGUUGUCAAGCUGUGUCGGGAGUGCCUGGGGAAGCAGGAAGCAGUGUUUGCCGACACCAACCUCUACGUGCUUCGGCUGCUGAGCAUUGUGUCAGAAGUCCUCUCCUACCUGCAGGCCUUCGAGGAGGCCUCACAUUAUGCCAGGAGGAUGGUGGAUGGCUACAUGAAGCUCUACCACCCUAAUAAUGCCCAACUGGGCAUGGCCGUGAUGCGGGCAGGGCUGACCAACUGGCAUGCUGGGAACAUUGAAGUUGGGCACGGGAUGAUCUGUAAAGCCUAUGCUAUUCUCCUGGUGACCCACGGGCCCUCCCACCCUAUCACCAAGGACUUAGAGGCCAUGCGAAUGCAGACAGAGAUGGAGCUGCGUAUGUUCCGCCAGAACGAAUUCAUGUACCACAAGAUGCGGGAGGCUGCCCUCAACAAUCAGCCCAUGCAGGUCAUGGCUGAGCCCAGCAACGAACCAGCCCCAGCUCUGUUCCAUAAGAAGCAAUGAAGACCUUGUUGGGGAGUGGGGGCAAUGUGGCUGGGGAGUUGGGGAAAUU